AUGAGCAGCAGCGACGGCUUCGGCGCCGAGAUGGACAAUGGACCAGUGGCGAGGCGACGAUCAUCAUCCUCCUGCAGCGCUGAGGCCAGAGCAAGCUGCUGGCUGCCUUGGAGCUCCCAACUAAUGGGUCGCUGGACAGGGAGCCUUGCGAGAAGCACAGACAGUGUACGGGGGUUGCGGUACCGGACUGUGUGGGCCGGCAGGUUGGCAGCACUGUGCUGGACUUGCUCGCUGGUGUGUGGGCUCCUACGACGGAUCCGAUCCGAGGAGGGUCCAGCUGA